UAAUAAUAAAAAGAGAAAAAGAGAAAGAUUUCUUCGUUUUGAAACAGAAGAGAAGUAGCUACUACUACACUCUAUAUGGCCUCUCACUCUCCCUUCAAAUCCACUCCCAAUAAUAAAUAGAAAUAUAUAAAAUAAGAAAAUCCCAACAAACCCAGAAUUCAGAGGAAAAAAAAAAGCCAUAAAGUUGAAGGCCACCGAGGUUAUUUUCGUCAUUUUUCUGCUAAUCUCCCAAAGUUUCCUUUUUUUUUUUUCCUUCUUCUUCUUCUGCAAUCUUCAAUCUUCUUUCUCUCCAAUCUCUACUACUUAGAAGAUACAAUCACUGUGCGUUUCUCCUCCAUUUUUGUCCAAAUCCUAGCUCACUCCAGACUCCAUACUUGCGAAGUGGAAGAAGAAUAAAAAGAAGUUGAAAGAACCUAGCAGAAACCAAAGCCAAAAACGAAAGGAAAAAAAUGGAGAGGAGCACUCCGGUUAGGAAGCCCCACACAUCCACCGCAGAUCUGCUUACUUGGUGUGAAACUCCCCUGGCUGACUCUCCAGCCGUCGCCUCCGCCGUAUCUCGCUCCGGCACCCGUUCUCACCAGCCGUCGGAUGGGAUCAGCAAGGUGGUUUUUGGAGGUCAGGUGACAGAUGAGGAGUCUCAGAGUUUAAACAAACGGAAACCUUGUUCAGGGUAUAAAAUGAAAGAGAUGACUGGUAGUGGAAUAUUUGUAGGCGACGGAGAAGAUGAGGAAUCAGAAACUGGUAAUGCCAGUGCUACCCCAAAUAACAAAACUGGAAUACGUAUGUACCAGCAAGCGAUGGCUGGAAUUAGUCAUAUUUCAUUUGCUGAAGAAGAAAGUGUUUCUCCCAAAAAGCCUAUAUCACUUCCUGAGGUGGCAAAGCAGCGUGAAUUGAGUGGGACCUUGGAAAGUGAGGAUGCAAAUUUGAAGAAGCAACUUUCAGAUGCUAAGUGCAAGGAACUUAGUGGACACGACAUCUUUGCACCCCCUCCUGAAAUUUUGCCGAGGCCUACUACUGCACGCACCCUGGAUUUGAGAGGACACAUAGACAUUGGAGAAUCUGCAUCACACGACCCUGCUGGAGGUCAGAGCAAUGUAGUUUCUGUUGAUGAACCACUGAAAACCGCAAAGAAGAUAUACAACAAGAAAUUUAAUGAGCUUUCAGGGAACGACAUAUUCAAGGGGGAUGCUGCUCCAUCGUCUGCUGAAAAAUCACUAAGCGUGGCAAAACUGCGGGAGAUUAGCGGAAAUGAUAUUUUUGCUGAUGGGAAGGUAGAGUCUCGAGACUACCUUGGUGGUGUACGCAAACCCCCGGGUGGUGAGAGUAGCAUUGCCUUGGUUUAACUUCGUUUUAGGUCUAACUGGGGUUGUAUUUUUCAAUCCUAUGGUUUGUUUUCUUCGCGUAGUGGGGAUGUGUUAUUAUAUAAUUAUUAUUACAAUUAUUAUUUGACCUUUGUAUUUUGGGUUUUGGGAGAAAUUUAUUGUUUUAGGUUUUAACGGGUCGUCGGCCGGAGCUAUAUGGAUGGAGUAUGGACUAUCACAUCUGCUAAUUGGGUUGUAUGUCCAUAAUUGUUUUUUCUUUUUUCUUUUUUCUUCUUCACUGCGUGUCUUAAUGGAGUGCAUGGGCUGUCUAUUUACGAGGUUUAUUAUUUUAUUCGCUCGUAUUAUUAUUA